AUGGCUUCAGUACAGUCCCGGCCCAAAGUGCUCUUGUUCGACAUUGGCGGCGUUUGUGUAGUUUCCCCCUUCCAAGCAAUCCUGGACUACGAGAUCCAGAACGGCAUCCCCAAGGGCUACAUCAACUACAGCAUCCGCGCCCUGACGCCCAACGGCGCCUGGCACAAGCUCGAGCGCGGCGAGAUCCCCAACGACGCGACCUACUUCCGCCUCUUCAAAGCGGACCUGGAACGCCCGGACCUGUGGGCCAAGUUCCACGCCGAAAAACUGAAUGUCUCUGAUCCGCCGCCCGUGCCGCCCAUCGACGCCGAGACCCUGUACUGGAACAUGAUGCGGUAUUCGCGCAACCCGGACCCCUGGAUGUAUCCUGCGCUGCUGAAACUCAAGCGCCACGGCUGGCCGCUGGCGGCCUUGUCCAACACGACCGUGUUUCCGGAGGGCCAUGCGUUCAACGAGCCCGGGCCGGAGGACGUCAAGGCCGUGUUUGACAUCUUUGUGUCGAGUGCACAUGUCGGCAUGAGGAAGCCGAACCGCGAUAUCUACGAGUAUACGUUGAGACUGAUCCGCGAGCGGUGGGGGCAGGAUAUCAUGGCCGAGGAUGUCGUGUUUUUUGACGAUAUCGGGGAGAACUUGAAGACCGCAAAGUCGUUGGGCAUUCGGACCGUCAGGGUCGUACUAGGAAAGACCAAGGACGCGGUCAGAGAACUCGAGCGGUUGACUGGGUUGGAGCUGGUGGGGGAGCCGUGGGUGAGUAAACAGGCGAAGUUAUGA